GGUAUAAGUAAAACACGUCAAAAGGAAGAUCAGACUUUCUUAAUCCAGACGUGGAAAAUGUUUUUUAUGACAGUUUCACUAAGGAUCGUUGUUAACAAGUGGGCUCUGCAGCAAAUUGCCAAAGUGGAGUUCCAGCUGAUCACUGAUUUCCUAUCAUAGGUUCCAAGGCUGCUUAUGUCAUAGAAUGGGGGGAAGGACUGUGGAAUUGUAUGAGGGGCCAAAGGAGAGCUUGCUCUAGAGACAAGAGCUGUAAAUCUAGCCAAUUUUCAGAAGUUUCCUAUGGGGAUGGUUUUAUAUAAAUUUUAAUUCUUUCCCAUAAUGACAAGUUUGUUUAAUCACAGUGUUCAAUAGGCGGGAUCUCUAGGAGAAGAGGAUUCAAACUACAAAAACUUUUCUUGUCUUUUAAUCGUCCAUGUAUCUGCACUUGGAUUCAGCUUCUUCAUUUCCAUCAUGGAAAAAACUUACAUCGAUUCCCUGGACCCUGAAAAGCUAUUGCAAUGCCCCUAUGAUAAAAACCACCAGAUCAGGGCCUGCAGAUUUCCUUAUCAUCUUGUCAAGUGCAGAAAGAAUCAUCCUGAUGUUGCAAACAAAUUGGCUACUUGUCCCUUCAAUGCUCGCCACCAGGUUCCUCGGGCCGAAAUCAGUCAUCAUAUCUCGAGCUGUGAUGACAAAAGUUGUAUUGAGCAAGAUGUUGUCAACCAAACCAGGAACCUUGGACAAGAGACUCUGGCUGAGAGUACAUGGCAGUGCCCUCCUUGUGAUGAAGACUGGGAUAAAGAUUUGUGGGAACAGACCAGCACCCCAUUUGUCUGGGGUACAACCAACUACUGUGGCAACAACAGCCCUGCAAGCAACAUAGUUAUGGAACAUAAGAGCAACCUGGCUUCAGGCAUGCGCGUUCCCAAGUCUCUGCCGUAUGUUCUGCCAUGGAAAAACAAUGCCAGACCCUGGAAGACUCUUGCUUCUUCCUGCUACCAAGUCCUCACUCAUUUGAUGCAAGAAAGAACCUUCAUACUCAGAAGAACUGUUUCAAAUAAACCAUUGAUGUAGAUAGCUUGAUAGUUUGGUUAAAUACUUGCAGCCCCAAGAUCAGAAAUCACAUCCCAUUCCACAUUAGUGAAACAUCAUCAUUUAAAGUUAUCCUAAAGGAUCCAACUGAAGCAGGCUAGAAACUUGGGUUGGAAAAAGAAACUGUGUAUUUGUGUUCUCUGACACACAUGGACCAAAUUCUUUUUAGCAUUUAUAGGAAUGGCCUUUUCUGAUCAGUGCAUCUGUUUAUCCAGAAUCUCCAAGAUGUUGAUAGCAUUUACAUAGCAAAAUACCCCAUUCUUGUUUAGAAUCUUUAGUACAUCUUGCUCCCUGAAUGUUUCCAACCUAGGGUAGGUUUCCUUUGCUUCUUUUCUCUCUCCCACAUCCCAGCUAGAAAUUGUACUACUGUCAGACUAGGUUGGAGUGAAGGUUGGAUGGAGGGGAGGAACCAGUGUACCUGUGGAGAAGAGAGCGAUUUUCCACUUGUGUGUGAAAUUUGAUUAAACUGCAAAGCUUGAAUGUGUGAGGGCUCUGUUGACUGCCCUGGAAUGUGUAUAUAACAAGAUAGAUUUCUGAAACACCCCAGUCUCUGACUAUCCUAACAGUUCGUCGCCCCUUACAUGGAGGCUUCUUAAUCUCCCCAGACCAGCGUUUUGUUUGUUUGGAUUAUUUUUGUUUUCUUUUUUGUUUCGUUAUUUUCAGGUUUGGUUUGGUUUUAAAACUGUCUGGCAUUGGGUGGGAUUUGGGAUCUGGUAUAGAUAGGGACUUGGAUGAAGCAUACUGACAAUUCCAAAAAUGAUCUCUCUAGCAUUGUUGGUAAGGAGCAGAUAAGAGGGAGUGAGCUCGUGUGGAAUGCCUCCUUCCAGUGUUUUACGCAAAACAGGAUUCUCUCCUAAUGAAGCAGAGCUCUCUGUUUAUUUAGUUCCAAUCUCUAAAAACAGGUUCAAGAUAAGCCACAGUACAAUAGUAUUUCUGCUUCUAGCUGUGUGAUCUUAAGUGAAAAACAAGACCAUUUCUUUUGGAGAGGGUGGUAAUAUAUUAAGGAGGGGAAAAAACACGCAUUAUGCUUGUAAUUCUGGUCACUUAUGUUUAUCAAUCAACACUUCACAACAACUUAAUUUAAAAAUAGUCUUAUUACUGGAAAGUAUAAAACCCUUUUGAUUUCAUUUGUUUGGGUGAUGACAGAGUAAAACUGUCUGUGCUCGUAACCCACAAUUCCUACCUAGUUUAGGAAAAACAAGCAAGAAUGUGAGUCUCAUUGCAAAGAAUUAGCUGCUUGAAUACAGCUCAACAAGAGAAUAAAAUAGAAAGUAGUUACUUUGUGUUUUUAAAAUAGCUAAAGGGAUGAGAUAGGCUAACAUCUAUCAUUCUUGAAAAACCUUAUCUUAUCACCUUAGGGGGCUACUUCUUUGCUCACAACUACAAGAACUUAAUCACAAAACAUCUGACCUUUGGCGUGUGACUAGCACUCACUUAUAGGAGAAUGCCAACCUGUGUUAAUUUCGUUAGCUCACAAAAUGGACAAUCCUGUUGUUUCUUUAGGAAACUAGUGAUUAAGGCAGCUAGUUUGGUCCAGGAGCUUUCGGUGACUGUUUAGGAUUUUAAUUGGGCCUGGGAUUCACUAGACUGGAUUUAGUUUGCUGGAGAUUUUUGGAGAUUCCCAAAAACUAGAACAAAGAAGUGACUAUUUACUACUUCUGUCAGAAGUUGGGAGGAGAAGCUUACUUCUCUUUGAGAGCUUAUUUUUCAGAGGAUACCCUCUCUUUGGAAUGUAAACAGUUGAAUAUUCUACCUUAAUUUCAGUUAGUCAAGUGUUAUAGUUAAAGGUUAAAUGCAGAAGUGUUUCAAACAUUCAGCCCAGACAGUCUUUGAGUCCUGCAUUUUGCUCUUAUCCAGGGUUUCCAUACUCUACCCCAAGGAAAGGAUUUUUUUUUGGAAGAUUGCCUUUCUCUCUAGAAGUUCUAGAAGUGCCGUUAUGAUUUGCAAAUGUUCUUACCAGGAAUAAACAAAUGUAGGUAAUUAAUGAUGCUUAGCUCUCCUGGUAGCUGUACCUGAGCUAAACCAGGAGAGUCUCUGGAUGUAAUUUCAAAUAAUGUGCUGCAAUACCCUUUCUUGGUGAGGCAAAACAGUACCUGCUUGCAUUAGUCUCUUAGAUAACAUGUAGAUAGCUAUACUGGCAUUCUUAAAGUCCUUUAGUUGUACUCUUUACGAUUCCUAUCAAGCUCCAAAGUAGGCAGAAACAGGAGAUAACGUUAUACUUACUAUUACCAUUUUCACAGAGGCAGGUUAUAAAAAUCAAGGUGACUUGCAUACUACAUUUUAAAUGAUAGCAACAGGACUGACCUUGCGAAGAAGAGACCUUUAAGAAAAUAUUCAUUUUCUUGUGCCAAUUCAAUGGGUAGAAUAAGGAAAACCCUACAUUCCAUGAGGAAAACACUGCAGUGACCGCUCAUUCUCUUGAUCACUGUCUUCCUAGGACUGCUAAGGUUCAGAACAUAUUCCCAUCCUACUUUAGAGUCAUGGCUUCUUCAGGGCCAUUGAAGACACGUCAACCUGUGACCUCACACCAACAGUCUCAGCUGACUUUCUUUUCCAGCCAUACUGAGAUCUGAUAAAUGCAGCCUGUGUAUGCACAGGGCAUUCACCCUUUAUACAGCACUCCCACUGCAUGUCGAAUUCUCUUAACUCCUAUAACUGGUAGUGAGCGUUGAGACAAAUAUAAAAUCUAAGACUGUUUAUAGCUAGGAAGAACAGCAUCCUAAGCCGGACAGUCACCCUAGAGAACAACCGUAUGGUCAGCAGAUUUGCACUUGUGUUUGCCUUAUUUGAAGACUGUUUUAUAUGAAAAUAAAAUAGUCUAAGAGCCUUUGAGGAAACAUAAAGACAAGUUUAGUUGUUUUAUUUUACAUAUGUGUAUAUGGAGGAAAUAAUUCCAGAUUGUAUGAAAAACUGCAUAUGAACCCAACCAUGCCUCUUAAUUAGUAUUAAAAUAAUUGUCACUGAAAUAAAGUAUGCCUUCCCAGUU